UCGCGCACACGGUCGCCAUGGGUGCGGUCACGUACUACGGAAACGCGCAAAAAAUUUAUGUAGCCACGGACGCUGCCAUCGGCGUGGGACUUGGUCUCGUCGCUGGUGGAGCUUGGAAGGUGCAUGUGGCACUGGGAAACACGCAAGAAGGUCGAAACGUUCCACGCGAAGAAUUGAGCGCGCAAGACGGACGUGUCUUGCUGAGACAACGAUCGAGUGUGUUAGAAUCUCAAAGCUGCUGGUUGCACACUGGAAUCUGCAAAAAGUCAGGGAAGAUAGUACACGUACGGGCACCUCCUAAGGUUACUUCCCCUUUUCGCAGGCGCGUGCGGUACACGUAAAGUGGGGCGCUUUCGUUUUGUAGGGUUGCCGAGGUUCGAACUGCCUGACUGU